AUGCCGCCACCUCUUAAGCGGUCGAGCCGCCGCGCCCCUCAGCCACCAAUCACUGCCCGGUGUGGACCGUCUAACUCCCCGGAGAAACCCGAUCGCGCCCUGACUCAGGCCCAAUCUCCGCGAUCUCCCGCGCGCUGCCGGCCUGCAGGGCGUGGCACAGGGCCGGGGCCUGGGGUGGGCGCGGGCGGCGCUGGGUCGUGGAGUCUUUCUCGUCUGGCCGCCAGCGCGCCUUACCCCACCCCUACCCGGACCGCCGGUUCCGGUUCGCGCUCUGGAGAUAAGAAGUGGACCAACUUCUGGGAUUUGGUUUCAUGUCUUGCUUUCCACGAUAUUUCCCCUCAAGCACCAACACAUUUUCUGGUGAUACCCAAGAAACCUAUAUCUCAGAUUUCUGUAGCAGAAGAUGCUGAUGAAAGUCUUCUUGGACAUUUAAUGAUUGUUGGCAAGAAAUGUGCUGCAGAUCUGGGCCUGAAGAAGGGUUAUCGUAUGGUGGUGAAUGAAGGUUCAGAUGGGGGUCAGACUGUCUAUCAUAUUCAUCUCCAUGUUCUUGGAGGUCGGCAGAUGAAUUGGCCUCCUGGCUAACAUGUUUUAGGGAUGGUUUUUUCUUCUAUAGGCAUGAUUAAGUUUGGAAGUUCCACAUGUAUUGCUGAACAAUACACUUAACUUCUGCCUACAUAUAGAUUGAGGAAAUAAUGUUAAAUACCCCAUCCACAAUAAAAGAUACCAUUGAAUGACUCAUGA